GGGAAAAGCAGAAACCGCCCUCUUCAUGUCCCUUGUAUAUAUAACCCAAGACAUCCAUCUGUCUGUCUUGCAGCCUCUAACCAUGGACUCAUCGGACCCGCCAUUUCAAGAAACCUACAAGGCCCUCUUCAAGAAGGUAGCCAACAAAGGCCCGACCACGCCCAUUGUCGUCGAAGAGCGCGACCUUCCAGUGAUCAACCUCGGUCGGCUGAGCCUCAGCAAGGAGGAGAGACGGGAGUGCAAGGCGGAGAUCGCGAGGGCCUCGCGGGAGUGGGGGUUCUUCCAGGUGUUGAACCAUGGGAUUUCACGAGAGAUCCUGGAGAAAAUGAGGGAGGAACAGAUCAAGGUGUUCCGAGAGCCGUUCGAGAAGAAGAGUAGAGAGGACAAGUACUUGGAUUUCUCGGCGGGGAGUUAUCGAUGGGGGACUCCUUCCGCAACAUGCUUGCAGCAGUUGUCGUGGUCCGAGGCUUUCCAUGUCCCUUUGAGUGAUAUCAUCUCCGGCACAAGAGGUUGCAAAAGCACCCUCAGCUCGACAAUGGAACAAUUUGCCGGGACUGUAUCAAACCUAGCGCAGAAAUUAGCCAAGAUCUUAGCAGAGGAACUGGGUCACAAAUCGACCUUCUUCAUGGAGAAUUGCCUGCCGAGCACAUGCUAUCUGAGAAUGAACAGAUACCCACCAUGUCCAAUUUCACCGGACAUGCUCGGGCUGAUGCCGCACACCGACAGCGACUUCCUCACGAUCCUGCAUCAGGACGAGGUGGGGGGUCUGCAAUUGGUCAAAGAUGGGGAGUGGAUCGCUGUUAAACCUAAUCCCGAUGCUCUCAUCAUUAACAUUGGCGACUUAUUUCAGGCAUGGAGCAACGAUGUGUACAAGAGCGUUCAGCACCGGGUGAUGACCAACUCGAAACGGGAGCGGUACUCGACCGCGUACUUCUUCUGCCCAUCGUACGACACUGUGGUCGAGAGCUGCAACUGGCCUCCUGUCUACAGGAGCUUCAGCUUUCGAGAAUUCAGACGACAGGUCCAAGAAGAUGUACAAAAGCUGGGUCACAAGAUCGGGCUUCCCAGAUUUCUCGUGUAAAAGCUGAUGAGAAUUUUGUGUCCAGAUGUCGUCCUUAUGAAUUGACAAGCUAGUUAAGCUAGUUCUUGGUGAUCAUCAAGAAAGUACAGAAAAGAAUGGUACUGGAAGAAAAAAGAUGGAAAAGGAAAAAAAAGAGAGAAAAUACAUGGACAGGUUUGUAUAUGUACCUUUAGAAGUUCAAAAAAAUUUAGGGAGCUAGAAGAUUAUUAGCUUAUAGUUUUUAGCAUAAGUUUGAUAUCGGUUUGAGAAUCCAAAUUCUGUCUACGUACAAGGAACUAGGGUUUUGCAAUUUAACAUGUAGCUUGUUUUACAACUUUUUAUUUGGAUGGUAUAAUGCAAACUUUUGUUCUUUAA